UUUCUUCUUUUGACUUCCGGUAAGAUGGCGGACCGGGUGCAGCGUAUUUUCUGAGCUCCGUCUGCUUGUCCUAAUUUUACACAUACUUUAAAAUCCACCUCAAUUCUAUGUGAUCGUAUGAAUCUCUAAUACAUCAUACCGACGCUUUAACCAUACAGUGCUCCGGAAAUUGCAGCAUGAAGACGAACAAGAAGCUCUCUUCAGCCCGCAGUAGCUCGGAGAUUUACGGUCAUGAUGAUGCUAAGAUGGAGGUCUCUACCGAGAGCUCCAAAAGAAAAGAGCCUUUCUCUCCAGCGAAGAACCCACCAGCAACUAAAAAGAAGGACACUGGGUCAGAGGAAGAUGUCCAGCAGCUGUUGGUGUGUAAAGAAGAGCUUCCACCUGAGCAGCAGGAGUGGAGCCACAUUCUGGACCAGGAGGACACUAAGCCCCAACACAUUAAAGAAGAACAUGAGGAACUGUGGAUCAGUCAGGAGGAAGAACAGCUUCAAGGACUGGAGGAGGCUGAUACCACCAAGUUCCCCUUCGCUCCUGUUUCUGUGAAGAGUGAAGAUGGUGAAGAGAAACCUCAGUCCUCACAGCUUCAUCAGAGACAAACUGAACAGAUGGAAACAGGAGCAGAACCAGAGAGAGACUCAGAUCCAGAGAGACGUUUACAACCAGAGACUGAGGUCGAGAUAGAAGACUCUUACGAACCUGAGACUGAUGACAGUGAUGAUUGGCAAGAGACAAGAGAAGAUCUGUCAGAAUUAAACUUGAAAAAUAAGAAACUAAAGACUGGUAAGAGAUCACACAGCUGCUCAGAGUGUGGUAAAAGAUUUAACCGAAAAGGGAAUCUGACCAAACACAUGUUGGUUCAUAAAGGAGAGAAACCCUACAGCUGCUCUAUUUGCAGCAAACGUUUUAACAAUAGAUUAAGUCUGAACAAACACAUGAUGAUUCACACAGGAGAGAAACCCUUCAGCUGUUCUGAGUGUGGUAAAAGAUUUAACCAGAAAGGGACUCUGACCAGACACUUGUUGAAACAUACAAGAGAGAAACCCUUCAGCUGCUCUGUUUGCAGUAAAAGCUUUACCCGAAGACAACAUCUAACCACACACAUGUUAGUUCAUACAGGAGAGAAAGCUUUCAGCUGCUCUGUUUGCAGUAAAAGUUUUACCCAUAGACAAAGUCUGACGUAUCACAUGUUAAUUCAUACAGGAGAGAAACCCUUCACCUGCUCUGUUUGCAGUAAAAGCUUUACCCGAAGAGAACAUCUGACCACACACAUGUUAGUUCAUACAGGAGAGAAACCCUUCAUCUGCUCUGUUUGCAGUAAAAGCUUUAACCAAAGAGGAAAUCUAACCAAACACAUGUUAGUUCACACAGGAGAGAAAGUCUUCAGCUGCUCUGAGUGUGGUAAAGGGUUUACUUCUAAGGGAAAUCUGACCAGUCACAUGUUAGUUCAUACAGGAGAGAAAGUAUUCAUCUGCUCUGUUUGCAGUAAAAGCUUUACCCAAAGAGGAAGUCUGACCACACACAUGUUGGUUCAUACAGCAGAGAAAGCCUUCAGCUGCUCUGUUUGCAGUAGAAGUUUUACCCAAAGAGGAAGUCUGACCAGACACAUGUUAGUUCAUACAGCAGAGAAAGCCUUCAUCUGCUCUGUUUGCAGUAAAAGCUUUACCCAAAGAGUACAUCUGACCAGACACAUGAUGAUUCACACUGGAGAGAAAUGCUAAUCCUGUGCAGUGGUAAAACUAAUCCAAAGGAUUCCAAGUUAACAACAUCACUAAUGUGUAUUCAUAAGUAUGUUUUGACUAACAGAUGUAUAACUGUUGUUAUGAAGGGAUAUAAGACAAUUCUAUUCA